AUUAGAUAACUGAUCGAGAUCAUCCAGUGCGAUGGAAGCUGGGAAAAUCCAUAUCAAGACUGUUAGUGCUCAUACAAGAAUGUUAGAAGCUAGGCCAGAAAGCAUGUAGUAUCAGAGGAUGGUGCCUGUGUCUUGGUUGUGCAGGCAUACAGCUGGAUGUAAAUGGCACUGUUAAAAUGCAGUUUAUAACUACUGAUUCUUGUCUUGGAUCUUGAGGGGGGUUUUAUCUUCUCUCAGAGAUUUCUUUUUCUUAUUCUCUGUAUUAAUAGAAGAUGGUUAGUUUUGGAAUAGUUCUGUUUAUCGGCUCUUUUUAUAAGAUGGGUAAAAUUAAAUGGGCAGAAUUCAUCUUGGGCAUACUCUAGUGGUAUAACUUGAUUUGAAUUUUAAUGUUUUUAAAAGAGAGGGGGAGGUAGGCUAUAUACAGGGGACAGUACAAUCUGAGCUGAUGUUAGUGGGAGGUUUGGCCUUUGCAGCAGUCAGCUCAGUGAGAAAGGCAAAUACAGAGAUUGUUACCAGUAAGCCUACAAUUCUAGCUAAGGUAGUCUAUCCCAAUCAUCCUUCUCCUCAGGAAAAGCUUUUCCAUUAUGAUAUUAUUUUUCUGUUCUGUUCUCCAUGAAGUCUAAUUCCAUUAGUCCUUUGAUACAUUUUCAAACGUGUGGAAAAAUUCAGGCUGGUCACAGACCAGGACUGACCUUGGGAGAUUUCCAGUCUAGACACAGACUUCUGAGGAAUGGAUGUUGCUACUCAGUUCUUCUGUUAAUUAAUAUUUGAAGUUAAGUCUAUAUUUGAAAACGUGUAGGAACCACAACCAUUGUUUUAAUGAAAAAGAUGGUGUUACUGUGAAAUAUCACUUUUGAAGUGUGCUUCCUGAUGAUUAUGCUUUUUAAUCAUUUUAAUCUGACUAGUGCAAAUAAUUGUUAAAAUACUUUAAAGUUGAUCAGAAAAAUAUAUUUUGAAUUUUGGUUAAAUUGUAUCUGCUAUAAAACACAAAGCCUGUGUCUGCUCUCAGUUGUUUCAGAUUUCUAGGUUUCCUCUUUGUGAACAGCUCAUGUGCAUUGCACUUAUUGGACAAGAAGGAGGAGUUUAGGGGAAAAGCACCCAAAAGGUAAAAGACACAGCAGUGGGGUCUGUGAUGGUGGGACCAUAGGGAACCUUCACCUGCCAGCUCUAAAUUGGUAAAGUUUUUGUGUCUCAAGUAUAGAACCAGUGUCACUGCCCUGCCAAGAGGCAGCAAUUUACCCAGCUAGUCAAAAAGAAAUUUUGCUGUGGAGUUGUGUCCUUUCCAAAUAUUUGCUUUUUGUGGGAGAAUAUCAGUUUUUUUGCUCUUCCAUCCUUAUAACUAAUUGAAGCCCCCCCCCCCCCACCCUCAUCUCCCCGGAGGGCUUUUCUCACACUUGCUUCUUUGCAUUACCGAGGAAGAGCUGUGACAAUUUAAUCACAAGUGUACAGAGCUUAUUAGUUUUGGAUGACUCUUUCCUUGCAAUACACUUCUCAUUUCAUGCCCUUUAGGGUAAAAGGAGGGAGUUUGAGGGGGAAGGGAGCAGGGAGAAAUUUUAAGAUCCUAUUUCCUUAGCUGUGUGAGAACAAGACACGUCUUUGGAGCUACUGUAACGUCUUAGAAAACAAAAGCAUAAAUUUAAAGAAAUUGUAAAGAAAGCUCAAAGAAGGAGCUGAGCAAAAGCAAACAUGCCCCAACUCAUUCCUUUUAUCUGUAGCAUUUUAAUCACAUUUGCACAUUAUGGAAAGAGAACUUAAUGUUUCUGCAUGUAUCAAGUGAUUGAAGACUGGGCCUUUUCUGUAUUUUCUGGUAUAUUUGUGCUUGAGAGGGAUUAGACGAAGUCAAGGCUGGAUCCUGACACUCGAGCUGGCAAUUUAUAAUUCUGCGUAGGGGAGAAGCAUUGCUGAUUGUGAGCAUAGCCAGGAACUGAACGGGGGGACGGUGAGGGUAUUGUUACUGCAUCACUGCUGUGCAGUUUUUCAGCUUAUUCUGUUUCUCCAUGUUUAACAAUCCAAUUCUCUCAUGCCAGCCCACUGUCUUGCAAAGUUUUCCCUGCGACGGAGCAUGACACUUCCCUUUCUCCAUGCUUGUCUGUGCCAUGCUCUGCUGCUGGUUUUCUCCCACACUCCCUGGUGCGCUCAACCUGAGUUGUCAGUGCUUAACGUACUGAUGGCACACCCCCACAGGAGUUCAAGCAGAGCCUGGACCCUAUAAAUACCUCAGCAUCUUAAAAAGGAUACUGGACUAGCACUCUGAAAGCUCUCUUGCAGCUGCCUGCUUUCCCAUGUCCUUCUCUGACCAGGAUACCCUCUGAGUCUCCUACCUAGAGGAAAAACUGGAUAUUUGCUUUAGCUAAUUUAGAGCAAUACCUGGAAAAUAUUGCCAGUUAACAGCCUCCUUCCAUGCUGUUGGAAGUGUGAACUAGGCUACUGCAGGAAGAGGGGAGGAAAGAGGAGAAUAUUUUCUCCAGCUCUGAUUAUUUGCAUCUGUAUUACUGGUGCAAGUUAUACAUGAACAGUUUUACAUGAAGUGCAUAUGGGCAAUUUAGUUUUAGUAUUUAAUGAAAUAUAACGAAUGGUUCCUGUAAUGUUCUACUGGCACUGCAGUUAUGCUAAGGCCUCAAACAAGCACUCUUCUGUUUUAUGGCUGCUUAUAGCUGCUAAAAUACCCAUUAAUUAAUGGACUAAUUAAGUCUAUUUAGGGUGUAAGAACAACCUCCAAGUAGUUAAAAAUGGCAUGAGUUCAGCAGAGUGUUGGCAGUGGCCAGGCUCUGAUGCAGAGCAAGCAGCACUAUGUAACAGAAAACUGGAAUCCUGAUAGCUUCUGAGCCCUCAUUUUUAUUAUUUUGUCAAGUACACGGGGCCAGUUGGCUUCAUCCUGGCCGCAGAGUUUAUGGUAAGUCAGAUGUUAUUAAAAGAAGGAAGAAUCCCUGUAGCUUAAGACAUCUGCUGAGGAGCUAGUUUGGAUGGGAUUCAUAUACUGGAUGCUAAAGUUUCCUGACGUUCCUAGCCUUUUCUCUGUCUCUUCCCCUGUAUGCAAAUAAACCAGCAAGUCAGCAAAGCAGGACCGGGAGCGCUGCCUUGCCAGCUGCCCAGGCACACAUCCUGCCAUGUGGCACAUGGGAGGUAACUUGCACCUUACUGAGAAGGGGCCAGAUACCACAUGCUUAUCGUUGGGAAAGAGUGUCUGUAUAAGAAAUGGCAAUUAAGCAGCUGAUGCAAAGCAAGUUUCUGCCUUUGUUCAGCUCUCCUUAGUAAUUCUGCCUGUGUAUUCAGAUCUGUAGGAGGAGAGAAGGAAGGAGAGCACACUUCUGAUGAUUUCACCUCAUCCUGUCUAACCCUAGGAGGAAAGUCUGACAACACAGGUCACUGGUUCGGUGGCAAAAAAGAAAGAAAAAAGAAAAAGAAAAAGGGGCGAAUCAAGGCUUGAUGUUUGGAGGAUAAAUACCAAGACAGCAAGGUGAAAUUUCAGAGGUCUCUUACGGAGAUUCCGCUCCAUGCCAUGUUUGAAACUUAAUACAGCAUGAUGAUGUGCACGAGCAGUGGUUAUUCUUCUCAUAGAAUCUUAUGUCCUUCUCACAAGAAAAAAAUGAAAUAUGAAUUCUCCGUGUGUCUGCCACCUCAUCUUUGGAAAGAGACCCUUCAAAGGCCCUUUUUCUGAGCACCUAGGAGCAUGUUAAGGAAAUUAAAAAAAACAAAACAUGGCUACAACAGCAGCAAAUACUAAAAGAAAAACAAUCGGCUGCGAGGAAUACAGUCUGUACAGUAGCCUGAGUGAGGACGAGCUUAUAAAAAUGGCCAUACAGCAGAGCCUAGAGGAGGAUCCCGCGGGGCAGUCAGCUGCCCAGAGUCACCAGAAGUCGAUCGUGACGGGCCCUGGCGAGGCAGCUGCCCCCAGCCACGCCAGCAGCCACAACCCACCCUACCAGAUUUACCCCUGGCAAAGACUGGCGGCCCAGGCGAGAGGCCGUGCUCAGCCGUCCAGCUCGGGGGCAGCCUGGGGGGUCAGGCGAAGGUACGACGGCAGCCUGUUCAGCACGCCUCAGCCUGUAGAACUUGACCCAGUGGCAGCAGCAAUCAAGGAUGGAGAUGAAAAAGCAGUAAGUAACAUGAUGAAAUCAGGAAAAGACCUUUCUGAACCUAACAAGGAUGGCUGGAUACCCCUCCAUGAAGCUGCAUACUAUGGCCAAGUGGGUUGCCUGAGCCUAUUGCAAAAAGCAUACCCUGGCACAAUUGACCAGCGCACUCUCAACGAGGAGACAGCACUGUACCUGGCCACGAGCCGAGGCAACCUGGACUGUCUCCUCACUCUGCUGCAGGCUGGAGCUGAGCCCGACAUCUCCAACAAAGCCAGAGAAACACCGCUCUACAAAGCCUGUGAACGCAAGAAUGCAGAGGCCGCAAGACUGCUGGUGCAGUACAAUGCUGAUACCAACCAUCGUUGCAAUCGAGGAUGGACUGCUCUCCACGAGGCUGUCUCCCGAAAUGACCUGGAGAUUAUUGAUAUUCUUGUGAAAGGAGGUGCCAAGAUUGAGUCCACAAAUGCCUAUGGAAUCACUUCUUUAUUUGUGGCAGCUGAGAGCGGGCAGCUGGAUGCUUUGAGAUACCUGGCAAAAUGUGGUGCUGAUAUAAAUACUCAAGCCAGUGACAAAGCCUCUGCUCUUUAUGAAGCCUGUAAAAAUGGACAUGUACAUAUCGUGGAGUUUCUUUUGUCCCAAGGAGCAGAUGCUAACAAAGCCAAUAAAGAUGGCCUGUUACCUCUUCACAUAGCAGCCAAAAAGGGCGUUUGCGAGAUUGUCUCCAUGCUGAUCCCUGUAACCAGCCGCACUCGUGUCAAGCGCAGCGGCAUCAGUCCCCUGCAUUUAGCAGCUGAACGCAACAAUGAUGACAUCUUGGAAGAGCUGAUCGACGCUGGCUAUGAUGUGAACACUACCCUCUCCCAGGAACGGUCCUGCCUUUAUGAGGACAGACGCACCACCCCACUUUAUUUUGCUGUCUUUAACAACAAUGUCUAUGCCACAGAGCUCCUGUUGGAGGCUGGAGCCAACCCCAACGUUGACCUCAUCAACCCAUUACUUAUCUCCAUUCGACACGGCUGCCUAAAGACCAUGAAACUGCUUCUUGACCAUGGAGCAAACAUUGAUGCCUAUAUUUCAAGCCAUCCCACUACGUUUCCAGCUACCAUCAUGUUUUCGAUGAAGUAUCUUUCUGUGCUGAAAUAUCUCCUGGAUCUGGGCUGUGAUGCAGUUUCCUGUUUUGAGUGUCAGUAUGGAAAUGGCCCACAUCCUGUGUUAAAUUACAGAAGGGACAGACUUAAUGAUCCUCAGCAGUCCCAACAGCCAACCAUAAUACAGUUUUGUGACAUGGUGUCUGCUCCAGAGAUGAGUCGUUGGGCCGGGCCAAUUAUCGACGUUCUCCUGGAUUAUGUGGGUAACGUACAGCUCUGUUCCCGACUCAAGGAGCACAUAGACAGCUAUGAGGACUGGGCUGUCAUUAAAGAAAAAGCAGAGCCCCCAAGACCUCUUGCCCAUCUUUGCCGCAUCAAGGUUCGAAGCUUGGUUGGAAGAAAUCGCAUUAAACUUAUUGACACCUUGCCUCUCCCGGACAGACUGAUUCGAUACUUACAGCAUGAUUAUACGCAGUGACCUUGGGCAAACCAGACACAUAGCAGCUUCCUGGCAUGGCACCCAGCGUCAUCGCAGCGGACAACGGCAUGGCGAUGGCACACAUGCUGCAUGGUGGUGAGGAACUGUUGCUGGCCUUGGUCAAGUGCCCUCCAAUUACUCAGCUAAAAUAAAUACACUUUUGGAGCAAAAAUGAGAACUAACUGAAACAGUGUGCUAAACACAGGACUAUCAUUGGUUUUUCCAAGAGAAAACUUGUACGAUUCACCUCAGAGCUUGGUCUGCAAAGAAAGGGAAAUAAAAACCAGCACUGAAAAUGAGUAGUGCUGAAGCAAGUAUCAAUGAGGAACUAAAAGGUAUUUUGGGAUCUAGUGGAACUUAGAGUCCUUCCUGUGCUCAGAAUUCAGAAAUCAUCAAGAAUCACCAUAUUUGGAAAAACAAUCACAUUUCAUUCACUGACUGAGAUUUUUGUUUUAGUUUCUGUUCUGUGCUUUGGAUUUCUGCUCAGUGUGCCGGUUACUAAUUCUCUGAUACUUUGACACCAUCUUGCUAAUGCUUUUACUUUCUUUUUUUUUUUUUUUUUUUUUGACCUUUCUUUUCGAAUAGAGAACGUGAUUUCUGAACAUUCAAAGCUCAGAACUUUUUAGUAGAUUCUUUUUCCCUUGACACAGUACUGUGUAAAUAUUAGGGGAAACUGAGAAGUGUUGAUUCCUUUAAAAGUCAAUGGAAGGUUUAUUUAAGAAGGAUGGAAGAACUGUAUUUAUGCAUAGAAAAUACAGUUCAUAUUGCAUUUCAUUUGCAAGAAAUAGGUGAAAUUCUGUUUGAGAGAAUUUUCUAGACUGGGGAUUUGAAAGCAACUCUGAGCUCAUUUUUUGGGUGUAAGUUAGAAGUAGUUGCACUGAAAACGGUAGCUUUACUCUGUCUUGAAGCUGGUGUCAGAAAAGAACGAAGCCCUAGAGAAACAUGAACCAACAGUGAUGCAGUGGGGAGAGGCAAGGUACAUAGGGAUAUGCAACCUUGUUAAACCAACUUUGUCUGUUGCUAUGCUAGAUCUUACUGUCCCCAUGAAACCCAGCCUCUCUUACCUCCUUGGACUACUGUGGCUAUGAGAAUACUAUUACUGGAAGAAGAGAGAUUAUUUCAAAAUGAUGAAGCUCAAACUUUGAGAUUUAUAAAAAUGAAUACCCAGAAUUAGACUUCCAAAGCCUUAUUCAGGUGCCUGAACAAUGUGAAGUUGCUUACACCAGGUGUAGUUCCACUGAAGCCCAUGGGGCCACAUUUGGUGUCAGAUAUUACUGAAGUAGGAUAAAAGUCUUAGUAUUUAGCCCUGAGUUUCCUGACUUUGGGAGUUCAGAGUAUCUCUUAGCUCCCUUUGACACUGAUGAAAGUUAUUAUCUCAGCUUCUUUGAAAAUUAGGUCACUUAUUUACAGCUCAGAUCCACAACUGAUUUAUAGCAGCUUAACAAGUUACCAUCUAUCAGCUGAACUGCUAUAAUUGUCCGUGAAAUUCUUUUAUUGAGGUUUUUAACAAGUCACAUUCCCUCACAGCUGGGGAGGCUGAGGAGCUCACAAACACUUAUUGGCAGUGACUACAGCUCCGUUGACAGGUGUGACUUGCUGAACCACUGUGAUCUCAUGUGUGCCUCAGUCCCAAUCAGACACCUAAGUAAUGAUGGAAGAACCAAAAUAUGGCGCCAUAUCUUUGCAGAUCUCAUGCUAGAAGCACUCUGGUCCUUAUCUUAGAAAACAAAGGAGCUAUGCACUAUGGUUUGGUUGGAUUCCCACCAGAGAUUUGACAGAUAUGUUUUCCUUGUUGGGUGGUGUACCGUCCAUGGAAUCAGGCAGAACAAUAAGUAGAGAAAAUGUGUUGCACCAAGAUUUCUUUGUGUGGAGUUUUACACCUUAACAAAGGCUAAAACUGUGUCGCACACAUGCAGACCAAUUUGGGCACAGAAGUUUAGACUGUGAAAUGGAUUGGCAUGAAAUGUGCUUAGCACUUGUGGAUGUGAGCAGAAGCAGAAACGUUUACAGCUAGUGUACUCUAUCCAUAGCUGUCUCCUUCUCAAAUACAAAAGCAAUUGAAAAACGAACACAGUUUCAAUUCAGACUGAACUGUGAUCUUCUUGCAAAGCUUUGGAAAGUCAACUGAGAUUUCUCCACUGUUGAAAUUUUGUCCGGCAACUUCCUUUAUUACCAGUUUGGGAUCUGCCUGCUUGUCCCAAAGCACGAACCCCAACACUCUUGCAUGGUGGGAGGGAGGUGCUCAGAGGGGAGCUGUGCUGUCCUCUCAUCCAGACCCAUGGUAGGCUCAGUCCUGCGGCACACAGGCACUCCAUCAGGCUCAGAAGAUGGAGCCUCCCGGUCACACCAGUUAGGAGCUGGCCGCCAGUGUUCUCAGUACUGAGAACAGCUGCCCGAAUGGGCCACUAAAACUCUCUUCUGGGUUUUGGGAGUCUGUCCCUGCAGACCAACACUUUAGAAAAUAUGUUCAUACCUCAAGCAAAAAGAAGAAAAGAAAAAAAAAAAAGCAUCUUUGUUCCCUAUGUGCUGUACUGCCUAGAAAAGACUGUCCCAGGCCACUCCAGACACCUCAUGGCAGUGAGCAGGGCAGCUUUCCUGAGCUGUGAUCAUGGAGAUGCCUUAUAAACCACACCAGGGAACUGCUCCAGGCUAAUAAAAUACUGGGUGGAGGGAAAGGGAAUGAGGAUGGGAAUUCUGUAGGCCAGUAUUGCCUGGCAGAGACUAUGUCCUUAAGCAUUUGUUCGGUGCGCAGUGACAGCCCUGGAGACCGCUGGCUGACAAAAGGUUUUGAAAUCACCAUCUGCAUGUAUACACCACAAGGAUGGGCUUUCAUAAACAAUCCCAAGCUGAGAAUUUCCCCUGAACCAAAAUCAUUACAUAUACAAAAGUCUCAAAAAUAACAAUUUUUUUUUAAUUUCCUUGGAAAGUUGAAACUGGGUUUGAGUGGAGCAAAUAUGCAGCAUCCAUUUCUUCAGCCAAGGAAUAUUCAUGUAGACUGGGAAAGCCAUGUUCUCGUACCUCUCAAACAUUCGUCCUGACCAGGAGUAUCACUGAGCUGGAGAGCGUUAAUCUGAUGUGGAAGUACCGCAACUGCGAGAAGAAUAAGGGCACACUUUGCACAGAAACUGUGGAGAAAUGAGUCUCUGAGAGGGUGAAUCUACUAAUUACAAUAUUAUCAUAUCCUUUCUGCUUGAUCCUUACUGAAAAUCUUUACACAGUCAGUUUACAUUUAUUUGCACUGAAAUAGAGCUGGCUACCUCUUACACACUGACCGCUUACACAAGUAUUUCAUGUGUGAUACUGAAUCUGCACAAAUUCAGUGUGGAUUUAAUACAUCUGUCUAGAAGUUACUGUGAAAUGGCAAAUGCCAAACAACCCAAACAAACAAGGCUUUGUAACCAGAUCAGUGCUUGCAGUGCAGGGUAUAAAGUGGUUUAUUUUUACCGAGCGUAAUAGACUUCUUCAGAGAUUAUGACUUUUUCUGAAAUGUCCUAGGAGUAUUUCAUGACCAGGUUAUUGUACUUUUUCUUUCUUUUUCUUUCUUUUUUUUUUUUUUACUGCAACAUGUGCAAUUCACUUUAUGUUCUUGUGCACUUUUUUGAAUUUUUAUUUUAUUUUGUAUGAAAGCCUUUUCAUUCACCUCUCCCUUCCCAUUAUUUAUAAAAGCUAUUGUGGUGUUAACAGUUUAAAUUUGCAUUGUUGUAGUAAAUAGCAGCUCUUGAAUGUUAUAUUUCCAUCUUUCAAAGUAUGAAUAAACAAGUAGAUUCUGAAGGA